CAUCCUGUGUGCUAGAACUGGGAAGUAGGUACAUAAGGCACAGAUGUGAUCUCUGCACUUACUUAUUUGGCUGACAGAUGUUUACGCAUUUUACAUUUUGUGGACAGAUGUGUACGCAUUCCAGAUUUUGUGAACAACUUACAUAGUUGAUUGACUACUUUUGGAAUCAUUUUCCGUGAAUAUUGUAGGCUUGUAGCUCUUUCAAUUCAGGAUAAACUUUUGGGUUGCCCAAAGUAGCUCUCAAGGUUUCAGUGUUGUGAUUUUUGCAUAAUAUAAGCACAUUAGCAUUGAGUGAUGGCAAUUACCAAGUGCUUUUUCCUAAUAACCUAUACGAUGCAUUCGUAAUUGUGAGUGAACUUCGGCUUUGUUGCUGCUCUAAUAAAUACCUCAUCACUAGGCAAAACCAUAACACCUGGCACGUUGUUCUAUCUCUUAGUCUCUGCACUGACGUAAAUAAUGUCUGUUGUAUGCCUUUAGAUCUUCCAUACAAAAGCACCAGCUGAGUAAAAAAAACAAGUAAAAAUAAUGAACUGUUGAAGGGGAAGUCAACUCAUAAAAUAUCCCCAAGAGCAGUGCACAUAAGUAAAUCCUAUGUGGUUCUGUUCCUUGCCAAGGGGAGCUAUAUUCUGUUGUUCAAAUGUCUCAUGAUCAAAGAACUCUACUGGGCAAGGUCGACAAACCAGAGAGCAUUAAUGAACGCGCUACACCGUUAGCAUCGUCAUUCACAUAGCUUUUGAUGGUUAGGCAGCUAGUCCUACCAUGUAUCUCUGAUAGGCUAGGAAGCUACUUCUAUUAGUAUGUUCAAAAUUGAACAACGCUGGAUAUUCCAUAAGAACUUUUGUUGCUUUACUCUUGUAUGUUGCUGAUCUGUACAUGCUGUUCAUUAAUGAAGAUAGAGAGAUAAUUUUUCACAUGCUUCACUUCAGGUGGCAAUUUCUUACUUUGUAUGAUAUGUUUGAUAUAGCUUCCGUCGUAAGAUUUCGUUUUUUGUUGUUGUUUUCUGUUCCUGGAACAAGGUUUAGCAACAACGAAACUUUAAAUUAUGACUGGUCGUAUCUUCUAACUAAAAACGACAAUAUUGAAACUUUAAACUGUGACUGGUUGGGUAUCUUCUAACUGAAAACAACCGGAAGACCUGAUACAGUAAUUUAUUUGCUAUUUCUUAGCUGUGAAAUGGAUGCCGCAGGGAGAUGAAAAAAAAGGACUAUAAUGAAGCAAACCUCGCAGUUUGCUCUGACUGCACAUGUAGGGAUCCUUUCUUUUAUAACAUACAUGAUACAGUUAUCCUUUAAUUAGAUGAAAAACCUAGACCUCCCUUACCACUGAUGUAUGUACAACAUAAAAAAUCCAAUACAAAGUGUUAAGUUAAAUAGACAGAAAGAUAGCAAUAUUGCAAUGUUUCAUCAGUGGUAGAGUGGAGAAGAGGUUGACUUCACAAUUUGCAAGUGCGCAACUGCACCUUGAUGUCCCAGUUAGCUCUUAGUCUCUUUUUCUUAACACCUCCUGGACAAGAUGGCUCUCCUGCAGGUUUAUAUCAGCCUAAAAAAACUCUAAAUUUUGGCUGAAAUGUUGCAAGACGGAAGACAAAUGCUGGCUGGCGAACGCUUAGUUAGUCAUGCCAACAAAGGAGCCUGUCCAGACAAUCAGAUGAUACAUCCGAGCUUGACACUCUUCCGCUGCUCUAACGAACCUUCCCUUUAUUAUCUUUCCAGACAACAGGAGAUGAUAGACUUAGAGUCAGUCAUGCCAACAGAGGAGCCUCUCUGCUCCCAUGCCUACAAGGCUAAGUACAAAUUAUUUUGGUUGUUAGAGUUUAAAGCAGAUCAUAUGCUAUAAAGGCUUGCUGAUUGAGUCUGUGGAAUUGGUUAGCAUGUGAGGAUCUGGAGUGCCUUUAUAGAGACAGAAGAAUGAGUUCACUCACAUGCAAGUACGCAGCCAAGUUGAAUAAGUUGAGUAUAUAAUUUAGGAGACAGGCUUGUAUUCUUUAUAUAUAUUCUUCUCUCUCCUGGAGUGCAAUCAUUUUGAGAGAUGGAAAUUGGCAAUGGAUUCUGAAACUUAUAACAUGGCUGAAGCAGCUGUGAGUUGAGCAAUGCACCAGACCAUGUGAGCAUCCAUGAUCUCACCAGCUUUUUGUUCAGGCAUUUUGGAUUGGGGCUAGAGGUAGACUUGUUUAAGCUCCUGCUUUUCAUAAAAAGCCUUAUAAUAUCAUGCAAGUUGCACUGUGCAGAAUUAUUUGGUAAUUCAAUUAGAGUUGCCAUACAACACAAGAAUUCAUUUAUAUCAGACAAGGAUGUUCUUGGAUAGAUAAAUAUAAGUGUUUGUACGUUGAGUACUUUUAAGAUCUCUUGCCUUCAAUCUGUCUGACGGGUUGGUAGGAUCUUAUGCAUCUUUGGUUAGUUUUGAGCAACUUUAAUUAUUUUGUUCUUCUGUUGGUUAUUUUGUAGAAGAGCAAAUGAGUUAAAAGCCAGUUCUCUUUAAAUAUUGAAGAAUCUGAUCUUGUUUCCUUAGAACUUGCAGAGGAGGCAUAUUGUUCCCGACUUAUCUAUCCUCCGAGCAAUUUUGUUAAGCUGCACACUUGAGAAUAUGCCAAUUUAUCCAGAAUUGCUGACUGUGAUAUGUUCUCUUCAUUUAUGCAUGCACUGGUCUUGUUCCACUUCAAUUGGUUAGUGUUCUAGUGGUGCAACUUUCCUACUAAUCCUUGUAGCCACAACUUUGCCGAGCUUUGACAUUAAAGAAUUUCAAUAGCUAACUUCAGCUGUCUUGCUGGUUCUCGUUCUUUUUUGACUCUCAUGCAGGCAACCCAUGCAACUAUGUACAGUUGUUGCCUAACUGAUUGACAAACCGGUUCACCGAAACAAUAGUAGGGCAAGAAUGGAGAGCUAUAUGAAGAAGGGUUGAUGAACUCUAUGAUCUUUUCACUGCUGUAGUAAUGGGACCUGUCUGGUCUUGUCUAGCACUAUUUCUGUACCGCAACAACUUAUAAUUUCCCGACCAUACACAUGGUUGUCUAUUACCUUGAGAGACCAUCAUUUGAAAUCUUCCUCUCUUUCACUAAAUAAAAUAAAAUAACAUAAAUCUGAAGCCUUCCUCUGACGGGCCUUAUAUUCUCAUUCAUAGCUUGGGCACUGGAUUCUUAAUGGUGGAUGCUGAGGAGAGAAAUGUUGACAUCAUCUGCUAAUGGCUAUACUGAAGGCACAACUACACACCAAAAGUGAAUUCUUCAUAUUGUGCGAGUUCACGUUGCCCGUUCGUGACUAGUUGCAUGCCGGGAUUUGUUUGUACACUUCCUCAUGCUUUAUCCGCCCCGAAUAGGAGAAAUAUUGGUACAAUGGAGGUUUAUGAAGAGAUGGUUCAAUACCUGCAUACCUCCAUUGAUAUAUGUGUUACUCGGUAAAAAAUGUAUUUUAUCUGCAUCUUUGUGUUGUUCUUUUGAAUGCCCAUAUUUUUUUUUUGAAAGGAACAAAUUACCUUACCCAAAAACAUAUGCUGUAUCAUUUGAAAAGUAUUUCUGUGUACCUCAAAUUGUGAAAAAGGCACUGUCCGGUUUGUUGCAAAAGAAUAGUCAUUCGAAAUUUAGGAUAAAUGGAGAAUAAUCUAUAUCUGAUCACAUCCAGAAAAUUAGCUAUAGUGGUAGUAAUUUUAUUUUCAUUAUCAAGUAUCCAGUUUAUUUAGGUGCACAUUAUCUAAUAUUCUAAUGCAUAUGUUGAUUCUACUCUUAUAUGGAAAUGGAGGGCUAAGCUGGGCAAAAGACAGAUUGACGAGUGUGUGUUCAUUUUUGGCUCAGUUUUAUCUGUUUAUUCCCUAUUCGAUACCUUUUACUGAAAGUGAUGAUCUUUAAAUAAUGUUUCUUGUUGCUCACAUGUGCAUUUUGUUUUGCUCCCUAAGGUGUUUUUUAGGACUGUAAGUCUUCAAGUUCAUCAUUGUUAGUGAGAAAACAACAAAAUGAUUACUGCCUCAGUUGCCAGCCUAGCUCAUUAUUUAUUACUGCUAAUAUUGUUAUUAGCUAAGUCGUUGUCCCCUAAUAAGGCCUAUGUUCAUUGCAUCUGCAGAUUUUGUUGUGAUAUGUUCAUGGUUCCCAACAUAAGCAUUGUGCUGUUGAGAUAUAUGUUUUGAGUGUGGAAUUUGUUUUUGUUGAGUUCAUGAAUUCUACAUGUUAUGCUAGGAUUGGCUUUGUUGAAGUGUUGAAGCACUAAAAGUACUUGUUCCAAGGCAAGUAGUACUUUACUUUUCCCUAACUAGUUGCAGUUGACUUAGUUUAAGAUUAUUCUGCAGAUUGUAAGCCUAAAAAAUAUUAAAAUAUAAAUUUAUGCAGCAAAUAAUGGAGGCACAUAAUUUGUUCAUUCUCCACUAAGCACUUUAAAUCUCUUGUUAUAUUGAGAAAAUUGCAGACUACAAAAAGGCACCUUUUAAAUUAUUAAAAAGGAAGGCCAAGAUCAUACUGAGAUCAUCCUUCAGUUAGGAAGUUUCUUCGUGAUACCCUCAUCUUCGAUCCUCAGUUUUGUUCUAAUAUUACGGCCUCAGUAGCAUAACACAGGUUCAAUGCAUAUGGAGAUUUUCUUCUGAUUUGAUUCCAUCAUACAUGAUUAAUGUUCAGCCCUGUAAUAACUACUGCUUUCCCUUGCAACCUUUUUGUACUUAACGAUGUCUUGUAGUAAUUGCAUGGAUGAUGUUUGCCUAGCUACAGCUGUCGAGUGAAGACGUAUGUGAGAUAGAUAAGUGCAUAGUCUAGGUGCAUAGCCACACAGAUGUAUAUAUAACCCUAGCCAUAUCUUGUGCACACUAAUCUGUUGCUAAUGUCACAAGAUGUGCACACUAGCCAUAUCCCCUGUGUCUCUUCCUCUCUUACAAUGGGGACAUGUAAACGAUAUUUGCGGUAGUUAACGAAAAUAAUUACCUUGAUCUAGGGAACUUAUUGCCAAUAUAGCUGCUGUUUGGGGGAUAAGAAACACAGAUAAUUUAUGGUCUUGUAUCAAGGACCCUGUCAUCUGACUAGAAGGCGAUAGGGGAACUUGGUUAGUUCAUAUCAAUAUGCUAAUUCUGUGAACAGGAAACUUUGACAAAGGUUACUAUCUAGUUUUCAUGGCACUACAAAAGAAAUAUACUUUUAUGUUGCAUUCAAAAUUAUUCAGUUUUUAAGAUGGAUCAACAAAACAACCUGAUGUUUGAGUAAAAUGAUCUGAAGUACGUGGAGCACUCAUAUACUUGACUCCCCACUCAAACAAUUUUCUGAGUCCAAGAAUUAUGAUGUGUUCAUAUCCUACUGCUGUCCUAUGCUGCCGACUUGAUUGCUGUCACCAGGAUGUGUAUCAAACAUAGCUGUAAUGACUAAUGGAAGUACCACAUUGGACAUAGCUCCAUCCCACUGCAUGGAAAGUGAAAUCAGACAAGUCUCCUAGAAGUCCAAACUUUAAGCCUAUUGUAGAGCAUUUCAUAAAUGCACUACUACCAGGCGUUAUCAUCUGUCAACAAUAAUUUGAAUUAGUCAGGACUGAGAACUCCAUGCCAGUGCACGGAAAGUGGAAUCAGACAAGUUUCAUAGAAGUCUGAGUUUUACCCCUAGCUUCGUCGUUUGUGUAGAGCAUUUCCUAAUUGCCGAAUCACCAGGUUUUAACACCUGUUAGCGGUAAGCUUAAUCAGUUCUACUCUAUGCAUCAAGGUGACCUUCCUGGAAGUUUCCCUCCAAGCAUUGGUAGGAUAUCUUUUGGAGUCCCUUUCUUGGAGUCACUAAACAACCUUUCAUCUGCCUUUGUUGCAUGGAUGGAUGGAUGAUCACUUGAUCUUGUCUGUUUUUACCACUGUAAUUCUCUGGGGUGGUCAUGGCCAUUGCAUACUUUAAGCCUUUUGCUAGCUCCUAAGCUCCAAGCAAGUAGAAUAAUGAGUAGGAUAAGUUUAGGGUCAGAAGUGUGCCUCCUAGUGCGUAAACAAACUGCCUGCAUGUGGGGGGUAUGAUGUCCUUUUGAUAUGGCAUAUCAUCCCGUGUGUGCCUCUAUAUAAAGGCCCCCCCACUCAACAUCCCUCUCAUCUCAUACCACACCAGCCACUAGUCUACAAGCUGUCUGCCUAGCUGCACUCCUCUCUUUGCCUUGCACCAAGCUUCCUGAGCAUACCAUGAAGAUUGGAGGCCAAGGGAAGCUCAACAGGGCUUUCAGAGAGAAGAGGGCUAGGUUCUACAUCUUCCGCCGCUGCGUCGUCAUGUUGCUCCGAUGGAGCGACUGAUGGGUCUCCAUGGCGGAUCUUGUUUUUUCCUUCCAUUCUAGGAUUUUCUUUUUUGGCACAGCCAUUUUUUCAGGGUUAGAGUAGUUUAGGUGUAGUUGCUCUGUAUAGGCUAGACUUCAUUGUUUGAGGUCCUUUUUUCUCUCCAUGGUUGCCUGCUGUCACAGGCAAAGGGGGAGAGAUCCAACUCAGUAGUCUGAGACUGUCAUCUUCUUGUACGACUGGAGAAAGAUUGAUGUGAAGAUCAUUUCUUA